CACAACUGAAGUUUCACUGGCUUGUUAAAGAGGCAUCCUCAUUCUCCCACUGCAUUCGCUCACACAUCCUCCUGCUCUGGCCUAGUAGCAACAAUGCACGCGUCUGCUAUGAAGGUCUACAGUGCUCUGAUAUCCCUCUGUUUCUGCCUGGACAUGGGCGAAGAAUAUCCUACAAAUACAGGCUCCUACCCAGCUCUUAAAUGUGGGGCUCCUGAGGGCCGGAGCCCCAUGGACCAGGCCCUGAGGGUUGUCGGUGGGACAGAGGCCCGCUACGGAUCACAUCCCUGGCUGGUCUCGCUGAAGAUGAAAGGAUCUCAUUUCUGUGGUGCGGCCGUCCUUACAGACAGUUGGCUGAUGACCGCGGCCCACUGCUUCACCUCCACCUCCAGAAACACCCUCGCUGGCAUCACAGCCGUGGUGGGAGAGUAUGAUCAAGGAUCACGUGAUGAAGAGGAGCAGGCCUUCCUCAUCAAGAACAUAUCCGUCCACGAGAGGUUCCACCACGCCGCCCCCAUGAGCUACGACAUCGCCCUGGUGGAGCUAGAGGGCCACAUUCAGCUGGGAGCCCAUGUCCAGCCAAUCUGUUUGCCUUUACCCGAGGAGAGCUUCACAUCUCCAGCCAGCUGCAUGAUGGCUGGUUGGGGCAGGGUGAGAGAAAGGGGACGCGUGGCUGCGGUUCUGAGAGAGGUCCGGUUGGACCUGGUGGAUCAGGCCAGGUGUAAGCAUGUCCUGGACACGGUCAGGACCUCCUUGCAGUACCAGGCAGCAGGCCAGCCUCAGCCCGCCUUCACCGUACUCUGUGCUGGGCCUGAAAGAGGAGGGAAGGAUGCAUGUCAGGGGGACUCCGGAGGCCCCUUGGGAUGCCGUGUGCAGGGCGGCGGCCGCUGGGCAGCCGUGGGCGUGGCCUCCUGGGGGAAGGGCUGCGGACGGAGCUGGGGAAGCAACCGGAGCCGGCCGCCCGCGCACCGGGGCUCCCCCGGCGUGUUCACUGACGUCAGGCUGCUGCUGCCCUGGAUCCGCCGCACGCUGAGAGCAGGCCUCCAUAGCUGUGGGGUGAGAGACGGGCCUGUAGCUGACAGUUUAGGGAUCAUCAGAAACCCUGCCCUUCCUUGUCAUCACUAUAGCAACAACGAGUUUUGCACGUGGACCAUCCAUGCUCCACCAGGCUACAGCAUUCUGUUGGAGUUCCACCAUCUUGACCUAGAGAAUGACUCCCGUUGUCUCUUUGACCGACUCACUGUGGCUGUGGGUACCCACGGGCCUGUUGGGAUAUACUGUGGACGCGUCCCACUCGGCCCAGUGCUUUUGAAUAACUCCCAGAGUGCAACACUCUCCUUCUCCUCUGACGUUAGCAAAACAGGAAGUGGAUUUGUCAUCCACCACCGUGCUGUGAUGGGACACCUUCCACCUGUUUUCAAAUCGUAUGGUAUGGUGGUUGUUGUCGACGACCAGAGUAUUGUGCAAAGCCCCAAUUAUCCAGAUGACUACAGUAACAACUUCACCUUCACCUGGGUCAUCUAUGCUCCACAGGGUCAUGUUGUCAAGCUGGACUUUACUGACUUUGACCUGGAGGAGUCAGAUGGCUGUCUCUACGAUUCCCUCGUUGUCCUGGGAGACGUAGCAGGUGUGGAUCGACUCGCGGUGCUGUGUGGCCCUCGGGUCCCUCCCUCCGUGCUGUCCUACGACCGGGUCAUGGUGCUCCAGCUCACCACUGACGCCACACUGACACACAGAGGCUUCAGGGCAUCGCUGGCCUUCAUCCACCUUGCAGACCUGCACAACGAGGAGCGGUCAGAUACAGCGGCAUGGCAACCCAACCAGACAGACACACAGACAGGCAAACAGAUGCAUCACAUUGCCCAGAGAGAGCUUUUACCAGACAUUCAUGUAGCUGUAUCUCUAACACACUCUAGAGACACAGAAUCCGUGGCUAAGCUGGCCAUGGAAACCACCGGAGCCCAAAAGCAGGGAAGCCUGGUUGCCAGGGUGGUGAUUCUACACCCAACUGACCCAAGAUACAAUGCCUCCUCUUGGGGCUGUAAUGCUGCUCUGCUCCAGCUUGCCUCUCCCCUGCCUCUCAAUGAGCAUGCUCAGAUCAUGUGCCUGCAAGAGCAUCAUGGGAGCCAGGACAGGUUACCUGCCCAGGUGUGCAUCGUCUCAGGGGGGAUUCUACUAGAAAUGGGCUUACGGUGCAGCCCUGGUGUGCCAGAGGGCGGCCUCUGGGUGGCUUUUGCUGGGGCUUUUGAGCGGGCUUUUGAGCGGUGUGGCAUAUGUGGAAGCAGCCCUGGGAGAAACAUGUGGAAGCCCCAACACGCCAGCUGCAGUGGGUUCACCUCUCUGACUGCACUCAGAAACCAGAUAGAGGACCAGCUCAGAGGCCGAGGCCACCAGGGGGAGUAUGGAGCUGGGGAACAACUAUGGGGGCAAAGGUUCUGAUGAUGAGGACAGUGAACCUGAAUCCCCAGGGCUGGACUAUUACAACAACUAGUCUGCACGUCCUGAUCAUUUGUCAUUUAAUUUGAAUAUGUGAUUUGGCCCUCAACAUAUUGACAACAUAAAAUGUAAGGUUGUUAAAGUUGACCGGGAGUUUAAAGGAGGAUGCAGAAGCACUUUUAUGAAAGUAAUUGAUGCAAUCUGCAGUAGCACACUGUUAUUAUUAUCAGAUAUAAUUAAACUACAGACUGUGUAACCCCGUGACAAGGAUAUCACAUAAUAAAUAUCAAAUAAGGGUACAAAGUUGUCAAAAGAGCGUCCAAGCCAUUUGCUCUGGCUUGGUUAAAGCAGAGAAAGGUGAAAAUGGAGUUUCAUGCUUAUAAUUAUUGUGGACAAUGUCACAAGGUUAUAGGUUUUCCUGUUCAAUGAGUGUAAAACCUGGACAAAAUAAAUGUGCUGCUUUUAUUUAUGCUUCUAUUUCCUGGUUUCAUUUAUAAUGAUUCUAUUAUUUCGUUGAUAUCAUCAUGCUCUCCAUACUACUUGGUGAUCAAGGCACCAAAAAAGGUUAUUGGAAUCUAGUAAAUAAAAAAUGUCUGACUGUAUUUCUCGUUUCUUUGCAAGGAAAUAUCCUUUUACUAAGUUGAAUCAAUCAGAAUUGCAUUUGAUCAGAACCAUACCCCCUCAAUCUGGAUCAAAAUGCUGAGUUGUAAGUUACAAAGAACAC